AUGGACAACCUCCAAACCAUCCAAUUAACGGUGGACGCCGCAAAGGGCGUCGCCCUGAUCCGGUUUGACCGGCCUGCCAAGAGAAACGCCUUCUCGCAGGCCAUGAUCGGUGAGCUCGUCGCAACUCUGAGUCACCUCGACGCCCUGGAUAGCGUCCGCGCCGUCGUUGUCACCGGUGGCCCGGACGGCCCUUUCUGCGGACCCGAUUUCCACGUGCAAGUACCGCUCAGCCGUCGGUCGGCGGCACUGCGCGCGGCAAUCGACUAG